AUGUUCCUAUCGCCUGCCGUCUCCCAUCAUCCCGCUUAUAAAGCACUGCUCCCGCGCCUCAAAGCUAGCGGCAAGUUUUUGGACAUUGGAUGCUACAUAGGCCAGGACCUCCGCAGAUUAGCCCUUGAUGGCGUUCCCGAGCAAAACUUGAUCGGCACCGAUAUAGUCGACCAUUGGAAACUUGGAUUCGAGUUUUUCAAUGACAAAGAUCGCUUCCAUGCGCAAUACAUUGAAUCCGACCUCUUGCAUCCCAAUGAAGAAAUGGAGCGACUAUUUGGCCAAAUAGAUGUCGUCUCCAUCAUACAUGUCCUACAUCAGUGGGACUGGAACACGCAAAUUCUAGCAUGCAAGGAAGUGGCCAAGUUUACUAAGACGGGUAGUGUGAUCAUCGGAUAUCAAGGUGGAACGAACGAUAUCACAAAGCGAACAAAAUGGAACGUAGAGAACGGGCAAAAAGAAUUUACGCUGCAUGACCCGAAGACGUUCAUGGACAUGUGGAGGAUUGUGGGUGAGGAGAUGGAGAUGGAGUGGAGUACGGAAGCGAAGAUUGUGCCUUGGGAUGAGCUGGCCACCCGCACUGAGGAUGUGGCAUAUCUUGGAGAGGACUUUGCGUUGUUGAGAUUUUUGGUAAAGAGGGUUCGAUGA